UGUAGUCGGUUAAAUAUCGAUAAAUCAUAAGUUAUAAAUUCAAGAGGUUGUUCGAACUGUAUUCAUUUACGAGAUUUAACGUGAUUGUACGAGAUGUGGCAAGCUGGACUCUUGCUCGCUUGUCUUAUUCAUUGUGUACAUACAACAAGUUAUCCACGAUGUCCAGUAUUGAACCCAACAGACAGAUGUAGUAGUUACAUAAAAAGUGAUAACUGUCAGACAGAUUCCAACUGUUACGGUGGCAAAGUAUGUUGUCCACAAAAAUGUGGAAAAGAUUGCGUCAACCCAAUCAAGCAAAAGCCAAAACUGGGUAUAUGUCCAGCUGUAGACGAAAAACCUCUGGAAUUUUGUCAGAGAGCCAGGGUCAGUUCUAACUGUAAUGGAAAUGACGGUGAUUGCAAAGGUAGUGCAAAGUGCUGCCCAGAUAUUUGUGGAUCUCGAAACUGCAAAGAACCAAUAUCGGGUCCACGACCUGGAUGUCCAGCGAUACGUAAACCGGAACCACAGUGUUUUCAUUUCAACCAGCAAUGUAGCCAUGAUAAAGAAUGUCAAAAAGGUAAAAUAUGUUGCGGAGUUAUUUGUGGAACAGCAUGUGUAUAUCCAACAAAACCUAAUCCAACAAAACCUAGAUACGGAGUUUGUCCCGCAGUUCCGAAAGUCUUACCAGAAAUUUGUACACGAAGUCUCGUAGUCUCCAACUGUAAAGUUGACACAGACUGCAAAAGUAGAAAUCAAAAAUGUUGUAGAAAACCAUGUGGGAAUUUUGCCUGCACUGAUCCAAUACAAGGUAACCGUCCUGGAUGUCCAGUAUGUUUAGGUACCCAAGCAACCACAGACUGUCCAGUGUGUGUCCAUUACCAACAGCUGUGCAACGCAGAUACAGAGUGUAAACCAGGUCAGAAGUGUUGCUACAAUCCUUCAUGUGGAACAUCGUGCAAAGGCCAUGUAUGCCCCAAGAUUGUAUGUCCUACAAUAAAAUGUGGAUUAGGAUUUCAAAAAGACGAGAAUGGCUGUGAGAUAUGUAAAUGUAGACAAGAUCCUUGUCCAAUAUUCGCACCUCUUCCACCAUGGCUCUGCUCAGAUGGUAAACCAAAAAUAUUCUAUGUAGAUGGUGUGAAAUGUGUCGGGUCUCCUACAGUCAUUCCAUGCAACAAAGAUUGUCGCUUACCAAAGCUACCUGGACCAUGUAAAGCAAGUUUCCCAAGAUAUUACUUCAAUCUUGAAACAGGCAAAUGUGAUAAGUUUAUCUAUGGGGGAUGCCAAGGAAAUGCGAACAACUUUGAAUUACUAACUGAAUGCCAAGAUAAAUGUAUAGAUAGAGAAAAACCUACAACUAAGCCAGGGAAAUGUCCACCUAACAAACCCGGUCUUAUUUGUCCGGCAGUUGUUAGACCAGGAGAUUGUUUUAAUGAUGGAAACUGUCCGGGUAAACAAAAGUGUUGUCAACAAGGAUGUUCCAGAAGUUGUGUUAAUCCUGGCACAUAUUACGGACCAAAGUGUCCACCAUUAUGUGAAAUAUUCUGUGCAUUUGGUAAUGUGGUAGUGAACGGCUGUCCAAUAUGUAAAUGUAAAACAGGAUGUAGGAACAAUGCAAAUCCUUUACCGUCAGUAAGGUGUAGUUCAGACAAGCCAAGAUGUCCCUCUAAACACCAGUGUAAAAUAGCUGAAAAUGGUGUAGGAGUUUGUUGUCCAUAUGAAUGCCCUGUUUAUAAGUGCAAAUCCUGUCCAUACGGUUAUGUAAUUGAUGGUAAUGGUUGCCAAACAUGUACAUGUAAACCAAGAUGUCCACCAGUUUGCCUUAUAUUCUGUCCCUUCGGAAAUGUUAUGGAUGCAAACAACUGUCCUACUUGUGCAUGCAAAACAGGUUGUAUUGGUAAUGUUAAACCAUUAUCAGUAAGCUGUGGACCUGGUCAGUCAAGAUGUCCCGGUACCUAUCAAUGCAUUACACCUUCUGCAGGCGGCAAGGGAGUAUGCUGUCCAUACCAUGAUGAUGUACCAUCCUGUAAAAUAGGUCAACCUCUAGCGAACUAUUUCUGUGGACGUGGUCCAAAUCGCAAAGAUUGUCCAAAAGAUUAUUUCUGCAACAUUCAUCCUACUGACAAAUAUGCUGUUUGUUGUAAAAAGGAACCAAGAUGUCCACCAGUUUGUCUUAUAUUCUGUCCCUUUGGUAAUAUAAUGGAUGAAAACAACUGUCCUACUUGUAAAUGCAAAACAGGAUGUGCAGGUAAUGUUAAUCCAUUAACAUCAGUCAGCUGUGGGUCAGGUCAACAAAGAUGCCCGGCUAGAUAUCAAUGCAAGACACCAUCAGGAGGCGGAGGUGGAGUAUGCUGUCCUUAUGAAUGUCCCCUCGUAAAAUGCAGUGAACCAUGUCCUUACGGUUUUGUGAUUGACGUAAAUGGCUGUCAAACAUGCAGAUGUAAACUUAAAUGUGGCCCUGUUUGUGCUAUAUACUGUCCCUUUGGUAAUGUACCUGAUGAAAAGGGCUGUCCAACUUGUGCAUGCAAAACAGGAUGUGCAGGGAACGUUAAACCAUUGUCAUCGGUCAAGUGUGGCACAGGCGGACAAAAAUGUCCGGCUGCAUACCAAUGUAACUCACCUCCACACGGUGACCCGGGAGUAUGCUGUCCUUAUGUAUGUCCUCAAAUAAAAUGCAGCCGCCAAUGUCCAUACGGAUAUAAACAUACCGUCAAUGGAUGUCAGACAUGUCAAUGUUUACUUGCCUGUGAAAAGGGAACGCCUCAAGGUACAUGUAAAAUAGGACCAUUUCCUAGUACACCGUGCCCAUCGUUAACCUACUGUAAAAAUGAAGUCUGCUGUAAAAUCCCCUGUAAAUUUGGCGAUCCCCAUCCAUCACUUUCCUGUGGAAUGGUUGUCGGCUCAAACAAGUGUCCAGCUGGAUACAGUUGUCUAGGAGGACCAGCUGAUGAAUAUUUUGCAUGCUGUCCUGAUGAAAAUAAGCCAACACCAAACAAAUGUCCAAGAGACAGAUACCCAAAGUCAAGAUGUUAUGCCCGACGUAGCUGUAGAAACGAUUCAUCCUGUCGAGGGAAUAAGAAAUGUUGUAAACAAGGAUGUCGAUAUAAAUGUGUUAACCCUGUUUACUGAUCAGUUCUUCAGAACUAAACACUAUAUAAAUGUGCUGUUAAUUUAUAAACGUUAGUUAAAUAAAGUUAAUUUAAACUUCUUA